AUGCGAGUGCUUGCGUGUGCAGCACGCACCGUACCGUCUGCGUGCGGGAGAGGCACUGUGCCGGGACGCAGCGACCAGCAGCUACGGGGCGAGCACAAGUACCGAUACUUGCACGGCGAUGCGCACCGCGAGGACGCCGACGGAGCACGCUCGCUCGAGGUGGCUGCCUGUGCAGUGCUUGUGCUUGCCCGCCCACGGCACGAGUACGGGUGCGAGCCUGAGCCGCCGUCCCGCCGCGCCUUUCCUCGGGCGCGCAGCCUCGACAUUACGCUCGCUCGCCUCGCCUUUCCUCGGGCGCGCAACCUCGACAUUGAAUCGUUGGACGUCCGGUCGGCGACGAUGCGCGCGUGCCGUCGUCGUGUUGGCGCUCCGGCGCUCGCCGGCCAAGCCCCCGCACCGACGGCGCGCGAGAAGCCGCCCCGGCCGGCGUGGCGCACCGUCGUCCGGCCAGCCACGGGCCCUGAUUUGCUCGCCGCCGCGCCCCGCCGGACCGACUCCGUGGCUCCGUCCGGGGGGCACGAGCCACCCUCGGCCCGCGUGUGCGGGGGCGCGGCGAGCGGAGCCGGAGCCGAUUCCCGCGCCUCUCGAGGAACACGACCCGCAGCGCUCCGUGCCCUGCACCACUCCGCGCCUUGCAGCACUCCGUACAGGCGAGCAUGGUGUGUGAGCAGGCAUCGCGACCGUGAGGCGAUCGGCACGACCCCGGCCGGACGGGAAACGUGUCCCCGAUGGUCGAAUCAUUGCCUCGGAGCGCGCGCCGAGGGGAUGCGAGGACGCCGCGAGGACGGGAAAAAGGUCGACGCACACGGUACGAGUGUGACGAGGCAGUCUUGCUCCGCGGAAACGCAGCUCCUGGCCGUCCAACCCUCUCGCCUGUCCCCCUGGCGCCGUGCGACGCAAAGGGGGGGCCGCGCAAGCAUCCCGUCGCACCCCGAGCCGCGACGGAUCCGAUGCCCGACCUGCACGCGAUGUGGCUGCGUGCAGUCUUGCAUGUCGCAUGCUGUAGACGACCCCGGCGACGCGAUGUGA